AAUCGCUUGAGAACUUUAACAAAAAGUAAAGAACUUUCAACAAAUUGACUUGGGACCAAUUGCUCCGCAACGAAAUACAUAAUAAUUAAGUAUUUCAAAUAGUGUGGAAAAACACGUGGUCGAAGUUGUGUGGCUGUUGUACUUCACAUGAUUUAUAAUACAUUUUGUAAUUGAACAAACGGUUAGUAUUGUUUGACAGAAGAUGGAUCGUCUAUUUCUGAGCCUGUGUUUGUCGUUGCUAACAUUAAAUCAAUGUUCAUCAUUUAGUGUGAAAUACGCUCUGGAAAGGGUGGAUAGUGUAGAAAGCAGACUUGAAGCGAUUAACAAGUUGCGACGUGCCGAUCUCGCGGAAAUAUUCAGCAAGAUGUAUGCAUUAGACAACAAAAUGAACAUGUUAAAUACGAAAAAGGACAACCCUAACAGUGAGAGAAAGAUGGAAGUAGUAAAUGGAAUAAAGAGCAAAGGAAUUGCUGAUUAUCUUCUAAAAGGGGCGGCUGCGGAAAAACUUGAAAACAUUAAAACAAGAGAGAUGCUGACAAAUAUGUUGAAAUCUGUUGCAGAUAAUAGUACAAACAAUAUAGUGCAGUUACAAAACAUAAUAUAUGAAAUGGAAAACAAAAAAGAGUUGUUGGACACAACAGUGGAGAACAUGAAGAAACAAUGGGCAAGUGAGAUAGAAUCACUCAAGACUGAGUUAAAAACAAGGAAAGAACAAGAACAGGCAUUAAUGGAUAAAAUUGACUCAUUAACAAUUCAACUAAGUGAAUAUAACAAGAGUCUUAAGUAUCAAGAAAAGGAGAAACAAGUGGAAACAAUUUUGUCAUGUUCUAACCCCACGCAAUUAAAUCAGCAAAAAAGUGGUGUUUAUAUUCUACAGAAUGGUCUAAGAGUUUAUUGUGAUCAGGUUACUGACGGCGGAGGAUGGACGGUAUUCCAGCGUCGUAAAGACGGGUCUGUGGAUUUUGAACGCAAAUGGACAGACUACAAAGCAGGUUUUGGUGAUUUGGAAGGCGAAUUCUGGCUUGGAAACGACAACAUACAUUUGCUAACAGCAACUGGGAAUCAUGAGUUACGAAUCGAUAUGGAAGACUUUGAGGAAAACAAGGCAUAUGCAAAAUACAGGAGUUUCAUAAUAAAGUCGGAGUCGGAAAACUACGCCAUUGAAGUAAGCGGUUACAGCGGUGAUGCAGGCGACUCUCUCAGGUUUCAUAAUGGGAGUGAAUUUUCUACGAUAGACCGAGGUAGAUAUGCCACAGACUGUGCUAAGGAAUAUAGAGGUGCGUGGUGGUAUUUAUCGGGAUGCCAUCAUUCAAAUAUAAAUGGAUUUUAUUAUAAUGGUGCUAACUCCCCUCGUGGAAAGGGCAUUAUCUGGUUUCACUGGAAAAGAUCACAUACAUACUCCCUGAAACACGUGGAAAUGAAGCUUCGGUAAAAGUUUGAUACUUCAUUACAAAUGCGGAAUAUCUACACUCGGAUAUGAUAUUUUACCUGAUUUGAGUGUAAAUGACAUGGCAAAAAUAGAUGAAAUUUAUUUUAUAUCAGAAUUGCUGUAACAGGUGACAUAUUCAUAAGGUUUCUAACAUCAAAUAUAUGACUAUUCGGAUGUUUUACAUGCUUUGGCUGGUCUCAGACUGACAAACGUUGUAAAUACCACAUGAUUUUAACAAUGGAAAUGUUGACUUCGCCUGAAGCAUAG